AUGAAAUGUGCAUUGAUCCUCUUGUUGCUGUCACAGGGUCUCACACCGCUUCACACGGCAGCAAUUAACGGACACACAAAAGCGAUGCGCUACUUACUUGAAGCUGGCGCAGACAUAGACAUGAAAAGUAACAGUGGCGAGAAGGCGAAGGACGUAGCGACCGGCGACCCACGAUUCCUGCUGCAGAACCGAUUACAAACCUGGGAUUACACGGCGGUUAAGCAAGUUAUAUCCAGUCUGAAAUCUCAGUACAUGUAG